UAUGGUAGUACUAUUUAUGACGACACCCAAAUCCAACGAGAGAGAAACACUUGGGUGAGUGACUCUGUAAGAACACGAUGAAGUCAUUUUCGAUUUUUCUCAUCUUCAUCCUCUUCGUCAUUGCAUCAACAUUACUAGUUUCUGCGAAGAAAGAAGCUGAUGUUACGGAGUUGCAGAUUGGCGUUAAGUAUAAACCAAAAUCAUGUGAAGUUCAGGCACACAAAGGUGAUAAAGUGAAAGUACACUAUCGGGGAAAACUCACCGAUGGAACUGUUUUCGAUUCUAGCUUUGAAAGAAAUAACCCAAUUGAUUUUGAGCUUGGUGGUGGUCAAGUGAUCAAAGGAUGGGACCAAGGAUUAUUGGGAAUGUGUCUUGGUGAGAAGCGAAAACUGAAAAUACCAGCAAAACUCGGCUACGGAGAGCAGGGUUCCCCACCCACUAUUCCAGGUGGUGCAACACUUAUAUUUGACACUGAGCUUGUGGGAGUGAACGACAAAAGUUUAAGCGAAGAAAAAUCAAACUCCGAACUAUAGACAAACCAAAAUAAAUGGAAGACUAGACUUUUGGCAAUCUUUGUUAGCUUAUUUUCGUUCCUUAAUAAUGCUUUCAUUACGAAGGUUUUGUUAUCUAACUCUAAGUGAGGCUAGUUUAGAAAGAUUUUGCAUUUGUACCCUAUAAAUUAAAUACAUCUAUCUGUUUCUUUUAGCGAUUAAGCUUUCGUGAGAAUUUUCAUUGGUUUUAA